AAGAACAUUAAGAUGAAAAAUAAUAUGUCUUAAAACAAAACUGCAUGGAAACAAUAACACUUUCUGAAAACAAGAAAAAAUUUAAAACAUGACAACAGUUUAACAGCUCCAAACAAAAAGAACGUGGUGUGAUUCUUACGGAAGCCGCGUAGCUCCAAAAAAAGAGAGCUGACGCGCAGGUUUCCGCGUUUUGUCGCCGUGAGGAAUCCUAAACGAAGACGAGGUUGAGUAGACUCGUUUUCAUUUUAACCUCCUUCCUGGAAUAUAAAUCGCGGACUCCACUGAGUCCCGUGUGUCGGGAUAUGUAGUCUGACGGACAGAGUCGUAACAAGAAUGCAAAUAUAGUCUAGCGCUUGUCUGGCAAUGUGCUGUUAUUUACACCAUGUAUGUGUUUUGCUGCCAGCGGCAAUCCAACAUGGCGUUUAUUCUUAAAAUAACAGUAAUUUAUCACGUCUGUCUAUCUACGCGAACUCAUUUGAACCUGAAUUCUGGUCAAAACAAAAAAUCAUGCGUUUUUUAACAAACUCUUCUGAAAUUAGUUACAAUUCAAGGUGAAAUGAUGUUAUCUUAGACAGUUUAUCGAUUAUCAUACUCACAUAAUCACGUUUCAUUGAUGCUUUCAGUUUCAACUGUACAUUUAAAAGAUGGAGAUGAUUAUUUUAAAAACAUCUAAUUGGAUAUAAAAAGUGAUUAUUCUAUACCAUCUUUACAUACAAAAAAUGUUAAACUGUAUAAAAUGUAACCCACAUUUUAAUUCAUACACCCAGCUGGUCUCAAUCUUUCGGUCUUGAUCUAAACCGGUGUUUGUCUGGUAGAUGGAGGAGGAGGAGAGAGAUGUGCAGGAUGAGCUUCAGUCCGAUGAGAGAGAAGACAGGACUGUAGAUACUAAAAUUCAGCCAGAAUCUGACAAAAACUCAGAAACUGAGACAACAGAAUACCCAAAUGCUCAAGAUCAUCCAUCAGUCCUUCCAACCACGGACCAUCAGAAAUUCUCUGCAGCUCCUGUGCAAACAGAAAACAUUCUCUUAUUUGACCAAAAUGGACAUUCUUUACCCUAUCAGCGGGUGGUGAUUUUGACAGAACAGAAUGGACAGUUGUAUGGUGUCACACCUCUCACUCUAGAGGGCGCUCAAAUGUUACUACCUCAAGGUGUGUUUUUAGAGAAAGCAAAACCCCAGGCAACUUUUACUUCCAUGAAAGACAGUGAUAGCAGUGGAACUAAUACUUCAUCUACAGUCAUAACACAGAAUGUCACUGAUCCUAAAAUUCAAAGUAAAGGUUCUUCUUAUUUAUUUGGGCCCCCAGUGAAGGCAUUGUCUCCAGGAGCACCAAACUGGGCCUUUAGACUGCGUGAAUGUGAGAAGAUCGGAGACUCGUACCGUGGUUACUGUAACACAGAGGUAGAGAUGGAGGCAAUUCUGCGUCUACAUAAGCAACAGACCCACACUGUGUUUGGCACCCGUCAAUCACCCUCACCUGCAAAACCUGCUACCCGACUCAUGUGGAAAUCCCAGUAUGUGCCCUAUGAUGGCAUUCCUUUUGUUAAUGCAGGCAGCAGAGCCAUUGUGAUGGAAUGCCAAUUUGGUCCACGUAGGAAAGGUGUUCAGCCUAAAAAUGGACCAGAAACACAUCAAAACAUCCAUUACAAAGCAACCUGCCCUGCCAGGAUAUAUAUUAAAAAAGUGCGAAAAUUCCCUGAGUACAAGGUUCCAAUGGAUCCCACAGUGGACAAGAAAGUAGUGCGGCAGGAACAGGAGAAAGCAUUCUUCAACCUCAAGAAGAGCUUGUGGAAUGAUGGAGGGGUUCUGAGAUAUUACAUCCAGCUCCCUACAGAGAAAGCUCAUCUCUACCAUGAUGUGGAGACUGCAAACCUCCCUCCACUUCCAGAACAGAUCAACUUUGCUGAGGAACAACAAAACGGAGAGAACGAUACAGAGGAGGAGGGAAUCGAUGUCAUGCAGGACAUCCAGAUGGAAGACGGAACAUAUGUCCCCUCUCGACUGCACCCACUGGUGGCAGAGAAGAUCUGCGAGUUAGUGGCACAAGGCCAUAACCAGGUUUACACUGUCCGCAAGCAGCUCAGGUACAGGUUCAGCAUUACAUUUUUUAAUUACCUGCAAAAAAAGCGCAUUUAUGAACACCGUGCCAUUUUCGGGUACUUGCAUCAUUCUAGGAAGUUUGUGGAAUGCGAGAUGUUCAAGCCAGAUAAAGUGCCUGAGAGACAUAAUUUGUGUUACUUUCCAACUGUCAAUGACAUCAAGAACCACAUUCAUGAGGCUCAGAAAGCUCUUCAGAUGACAGCAGGAGUUACCUCAGAUACAGAGUGGAAAACAGAUCCUUAUAACCUGAUUCCAGACAAUGUGACAUUGAAUCCUGCUACUGUGGAUGUAUCCUCUCAGAAGGGGGCACUCUUAGAAGGGAUCGACACACUUUCUCCAGAAGCUGUACAUCUCUUUAGCUCUAUGACCUCACUGCAGCCUAAGAUCUUUGCACAGCUCCAGGCUAUCGAGUUCCAACCUGCCCUGUUUCCGGGAGAAUCUACUAAUCAGCAUCCAUCAGCAGCACCAGAACCUCUCCAUCCAACAUGUCCUGCACCACCACAAGCUCUCCUUCUGAGUUCAUCCCAGUUCCUCCAGUUGAAUCCCACCACUGUAGAAAGUAAAGCUCUGUGUGACUCCCCGGCCCUGUUCAGCACGAGUCAGCUGGUGAGUGUGACCUCAGUGACUAAUACUGAAACAGACGGUUCCAUCACACGGAUUCUGCUGGAGGACAGACAGACUAUUCCAGUCCAUAUUGGGGACACAUCUAGUAUAAGUGAGUUGGCAUGUAUAUCUUUAUCAUAAUGUUAAUAUUGUUCAUGACCAUUUAUAUUCAACUAAUUAUUUAAUAAAUUCUUUUGUUUUAAAAUAAUCAUAGAGUGAUGCUGGUAGGUUCAUUGUUCUGUUGUUGUUUGGUUUUGCUCAGCUUUGAGUCCCUCCACGAAUGACACUCAGGUAUAGGUUGAGCCUCAGCAGAGCCGUGAACAGGAUAUAAAUAGACACUUACAAUCAUGAGACGAGAACAGAAAUAAAUGUACACUAUGCCUUUCUCUGUCUGUGUCUGCAAACGGUGCUUCACUGUGAACAUUUUUUAUAACUGGAGGACUGAUUAAUUGAAGUUAUUUCAGUAUUAUGUGAACAUUGUAGUCAUGCAAUGUUAAUUUUUUUGUUUUUUGUUCAUGAUCUCAUUUUGCUAUUUUAAUUUAUUCAAGUGACUUGACUAGGGAUGAAAAUUUAAUAUUGUAUAGUUUGAAGUUAUGUAUGUAAUUAUGUUUUCCACAUAAACAAUUAUGUCAUUUU